GCUUCAUCAACAAAUCAACCCUGCCUUUUUUGCCAAUCAUCUUCCCUGUUCCAGGAGCCUAAAGCUCUUUGUGGAGAGAGAUAUCAGAGCACAAUUCACAUAGUUCUCUGUGCACAUCCUAAUGAAUGAGAAAAUCCAGUGAUAAUUUUUUAGUUUCCUUGUCUUAGCAAACCUUUCUGUUUUACCCUCCAUUUCUUGCUCCUCUCGUCUCGCGCUGGUUGGCCAGCUAAUCCACGUGACCUCCUCUUCGCCAAGACCCACCAAUGGAGCCGCCAGUGACGCUAGACCAGAUCCGGAUUGACCCUGCUGCUUUUUAUUUCGCGUUGCGCCGUGUCCACCAUGGCCGGAAGUAGGUUUGCGCCUAUACCUCCUUCUCCUGCGCUCUGAUAUCUAUACACCCCUUCGUCCCUAUAUACACCUUUGUUUGACCUGGCGUCAGCUAAUCCGUAACUUUCUCUUUUUCGUUCUCUUUUGCCUUCUAUAGCUACCCGAUCGCUGUCCCGCUAAUCCAAGGACAUUACUGGGAGGUAAAUCGGAAGAAAAUAAAUCCCCAUACCCUCUUUGUCGAAGUCCUUGACCGCGGGGGCUUUGCGGAGGUUUCCAGGGACAAAGACAAUUGGUGCGCUAUUGCCGGUCUUGUGGGAGUACCUGAGACGCAGGCGACUACCCUGUCGUGGAACGUUAAGGACCUCUACCAUAAGUGGCUCCUGCCGUUGGAGGUGCUCAUGAAUGGUCCAGUGGCGGCUGAUGGGAGCCCUGCGGACGCCCGGGCCGCGAGGGGCCUCCGACGGGCUCCUCCUCAGCGCCAACCCUACACCGCGACGGGCCCCGCAACCAGACAAACACGGAGCGGGGGCAAUCCGCCAGGCACGCCCGCCAACUUGAACAAUUCGCUCCCUUCUACUCUCUCGUAUUCUCCCUCCUCGACACCUGCAACAACAGCCACCAACAAUAACACCACCGCUACGAUGUCCUUUACAACACACUCUCCAUACAUGGACAAUAGAACGCCCAUGCACACAAUUGUUGUCGAUACACCUUCAAACCGCCGGGGUAGAUACUCCCAGGUUGACCAGCCGCCUCUUCCGCGCACUAUGGAUCCAAUGAUGGUGUCAAUGAUACCCGAAAAAACUCCUCGCAUCUACAAUCACUGUGUCAAGGGUUUGCAAUCCCGCAUCCCCUCCGAAGUUGAUUUCGCGCUGCAUCACUUGGUAGUUAUAUCAGACGAAAGAGGGGACAAGUUCAAGUUCGAUGAUUUCCCUUUUCUCGCAGAGGAGCUUGUCGAGAAAAUAAUGGAGAUUACUUAUCUCGUGUCCGGUAUCAGAUGGGAGGUUGAUUACACCUCGCUCGAAGCGCCAAGGGACAAUCUCUUAUACGGCACUGGAAAUACGGACAUCCUAGAAAAAAUGGCAAAAUUUCCAAUCACGCUCGGUGGUGACAACGUGGAGACUGAGGAAUUUGCACACCAUCUUAGAAAUAUCAAGGAAGCUGCUCUGACGUUGCGGAACAUGUCGAUGCUGGAAACAAACGCCGUUUUUCUGUCUACUUUAGAAAUUUUCAAGGAUGGCAUGCUUGUCGUACUGAACAGCCCCCGACAACCACGUUUUAAUGAAAUUCUAAAUUAUGCUCUGGACACGAUCGAGCAAGUCUGCCCCUACUGGGAAACUGACCCAGGCGAUCCUCUUUUCAAUACGCUAUUUGAACUUUUGGGAUCAUCUGAUAGAUACCAUAUCCUGACUGCUUUAAAAAUUAUGAUCCUCUACUCGAUGGAACUUGAGACGAUCAAGCGUCUUCAAGGCGUCCCUGAUGAUAAAGUCAGUAUGCUCAUGAGUUACACACUACUCGAACAGGACAAAGAACUUCUUUCUGGGACGCUCGAUUUCUUUUAUCAGUACACAGCCAUUCCAGAGAAUGUCGAAGAUCUCCUUAGCAAUUUCUCGCUUCCAACAACUCUGAUCCCUCGCUUGACGAAUCUUCUCUUAUUCGAGGGCGAACGAGACAUCAACGAGAUAGUGGAUCAAGAAGAAUGCAAGGCACCCGCCACAACCACUAUUCCUAUUGUCCCACCCGAUCUCCACGCUAUGCUACUGCGGCUCCCUGAACCUGAACGUUGCUCUCGCUGGCUCAAGUGCUGCUUCAUUGAAGAUCCGGAGUGUGAUAUAACUCAACUUGCCCUCUGGCACGCUUAUCAGAACUGUUUCGCGGAUGAGCGAGUACCUGGUGUAAGCACCCUUCCAGCGGCGGAGUUUAUUAAUACUGUUAGCCGCACAUUCUCCACAGCUCAGGCGCAGGUUGUCCCCGGCGCAGUUGCCAAAUUCAUUAUUAGAGGUAUCCGCCCUCUCGAGACGUCUUACGACUUCAACGGAUAUCCAUACCACCAGUGCAAGUGGAACGGUCCCAGUGGCCAAUGCAGAGUAGCAUUCAUUGACCCCGCGAAGCUCAAAGAUCACGUUUUCCGCGAGCAUAUGCUUCUCAACCCGGCUGAUUUAGGUAACUUGCAAGAUGCCCAUCGUCCGACCAACGUUUGUGCCUGGGAGACAUGUGGGGAAUUCCAAAUCCCCACGAUCAACACUGCGCGUGUCGCCGGCCAUGUUUCCACCCACCUACCACCACUGAUGGAUAUGAGCUCACCACCUCCGCCUCCCUCGCGCAAAAUCAUCCAGCCAAAACUUACGCGAAUGUUCGACUACUAUCCGACCCCUGUCGACGAGAAAGGUGACCCCGUCGGAAUCGCGUACAAGGCCAUCCUCAUCUUGCGCAACAUUAUUCGCAAUCUGCCAAAGGAGUCUGCUGGCCCAAAACAUGGGAAUAAGUCGUGGAAUUAUGUUCUCUUCUUCUCUUCCAAGAAUAAAUUGAUAGAAAUUGCGGAUUAUAAUCCGACACUUCGCGGUGAUAUCUUUGAAUUUGUUGCUGAGAUUAAAUCUUCUUAGAUCUUUUCCCUUUCUUCUACUUCGUUAUUUUUCGUCACUUCAGAAUCAAGAGGUACAAUUUUUUAGAAUACCUACAGUUGUCAUCUAUUACCCUUAUCCCGGGAUGCACAUCUUCCCAUGUUCUGCUACGUUCUUGUGCCAGUACCCAAAAUUACCUACUUCAGCUAGGCGUUUUACGCGAGUGUGGGAUCUGCCUAUUUCUUUCUUCUCUCCCUUUUGUCUUUGUCUCCUCUAAAUUUCGAGCCGAAAUUUCGGCGUAAAACGGAGACUGGGAUCAUGCAUACAUUACAUUUGGUGGCUUCACUGUUCCAUGUUGAGUUGCGACAUUUUGUUUUCGGUUUAUUCUCUCAGCUUUCCUGCCUUUUUUUCCGUCCUAUUUCCUUUUGCCUAAUGAGCACACGAAUUUGGAGGAUAAAAGUUAAGAAGCGUGAAACCCAUGCGCAGUUUACAUUUCUUUUUUGGUUCCACUUACUUUCAACGACAUUUUCCAGACAUGGCCUCUUUUUAGAAAUGGAUGGAGGGAUGAACAUCCUUUGAUGUUACACUUGAUAUUCCUAUUGUAAUGUGUCUCCCUGAUAGGAGCGAUUGAUGAAAGUAAGCAAUCAAUCAAGCAGAAUAAACACAUAAUAGAUGUGAUCGAGGAUUAUUUUUCAUCAAAUGAAACAUCUACCUACUAAUUCCAAUUUUAACUGUGAGGGUUUUUUAACUCUGCGUGGGAGUUGUUGGGCGCAGGAAGCUGGAUUGUGGCCUCAAUUAGCCACCCAGUUCUGUCCCGGUGCCCGUUCCGUUUCUACGCGUUGGUUGUUAAUGGAUAGUAUUUCAAUUGUCCUAACUUUAACGAUCCCCCCUGGGUGGUCGCCCUCCAUCUGCUCACCGAGGCAAUCAUAGCGGAAAAUGGUAGCUUCUCCGUAUAUGGGUGCAGUAUGGAGUAGACGUAGUAGUCUCCCACAAUGAAGCAUCCAAUGGAUGAAGAGAGAAGAUCAAAAGCAGUUAGUUACGUGGGAAAGUUUGCUUGAAGGACUAUGCCCAACAUAUUUAUCGUUACUCGCCAAACCCUCCCAGCAAAAAACAGCCUUAAUAACGCGUACAAAGUAGUCAAUAUGAAAGAAGGAUACACGAACAGCAUAGUACAAUCAAUCACAUCAAUUACUGUGUUUAAACAACUGCACAAGCCUCAGCAAAUAACCUGCAGCUUCUCAAUUCUACCCUCCUCAAGUACCUCCGCAUCAGCCUGUCCACUCACCCUCUACACAGAACGCGAACUAUUCGAGCUAGCCACAAACCACAUCUCGCACCCAUCGCUAUCCCUCUCAUCAUCCAACGCCAACUCCAACUCCAACUCUUCAAUCUCCCCAGCCAAAGUCGCGAUGGACACAUACUCCUUCCGCCAGCAGCUCGCAAUGAUAUCCUCGCCAAGUAUCCCGCUUGUCUCCAGGAACUUCUCAUCCCGCAGCUUCCUGCCAGUAAUCUCAAACUCUGGUUCAACGCCCAUGAACACGGUGUACAUGAAUGAGCCGAUGGUGAAUUGUUCCGCGGUGUAGCUGGCUUUCUCCGCAAAGGCAUCAUGGCACGGCACGAUGAAGGCUAGACAGGCUUCGCCUGUGCUGACGCGGCUGCCGAAGUCGGCGGGUUUGAUAUGCAAGUUAUUAUCUAGGAGGGUGUUGGCGGGGAGAAUGUCACCAUGCACCAACCCGUGGCUUUCUAAGUGUUCCGCUGCGCUGGCAAGCUCUUUUACCCAGCGAAGGCGCAAGGGUGCUGAGAUGGAAUUUGAGUCGUUUUUCAUCCUAUGGUCGAGGUUGCAGGACAUCCGGGGCAUGAAAAUUCCGCCAGGGCAGUGCAGGAUUGUUUGCAGGGUGUUGGGGUGGGGGUGGUGGUUGAGGAUAUCGUAGAUGCGCUUCUCACGCUCGAGGGAGGUGAGGGAUUCUGCAGAUUGUUAGAUUUGCUCAUCGGUGAGCGGAAUGUUUGGUGGGCAAUGUGUGCCUUUAGUGCAAUGCAACCCCCAAUAGCAAAGACAAUGCUCACUGACCCUAAGCUAAUGAUGUCAGCUCUGGUGAGCCUGAAGGGGAGUUUAUAUUCAUUUAGUACCAUUGUGUGUGAUGGUUUGUGAUGGAGCUGAUGAAUUUAUUAAUAAGAGAGAGAAGGCACUUGCUUCUGAGAUAAUUGCUCUGAUGAGAAACUAUGAAAAUUGAUAUUAAAGGAAUGAAGAAAGAUGAAGAUCAAGCAAGAUGAGAAAAUAAAAUAGAAAAUAAAACACCGAUUCCAUAAGUCAAUAAAUUUAUACUUCUUCAAACAACAUGAAUAUUAACACUGAAC